AAUUCCCGGAUCCAAGCUCCUUGGCCACGUCGACCUUCUCUCCCUUUUGCAGCCUAUCGACGAUAUCCCGCAAAACCCCAAUUUUGGUGUCGGCUUGCCGGACAAAGUUAGCGUGGGCAGUCCUUACGGCGAUGGUGUUGAUGGACAUGGACCCGAUGAGGAGGAAGAUGACGAUGAAAAAGGUCGCCGGGUUCCACUCCUUGACUUCUUCUUGCCUUUUCGGAACGACGCUCUAUUCUCCUUGCGAAAGGGCUUCGGGACCAGGGAUGACCAGAACGAGGCGUCUGCUACUGUCGGAAGAGAGCUGUUGCACCGGACCUGGGUGAAGGGGAGGGCUUUCGGUAGCAUCAUAGUGCUCCGAAAGGCCAUUGGCCGAGCCAAGAUCUUUGUGCGGCUAUCCUCGUCAUUCUCUAUGGUUUGCUCUUGCGCGCGACAGACCAGAGGCGACGCCUACCGCCCGACGAGCUGGCGGCGGCAACCUGCGGAGAUCUCUAUCGAUGCCUCUUUCCCCCUACAGCCCCGAACCUUGAACAGGACCGCGACCAAUAUCGAACCGCCGCCGAGUAAAUCCCCGAGAUGCGUGGCGCCUCCCGUGAGCUCCGCGUGCCUGGCUCUCGUCGAGUGCGCGAGGGUAGCCUUCCAGUGCUUGAGAAGCUUGAACCCUCCAGAUGCUCCCUCGCAGAAGAACAUGCAACUGGAAAUGGGCAUCUCGGCCUUUGUCGGAAAGCUGCUUUCCUUGGGGCUCCAGGAGCACGCGCUAAAGGAGCUGCGGAUCUUGAAGAAGCGGCUCGAGGAGCGCGCGGUGGCCGGAAAUAACUCCAAGGGGGCCAAGGCGACCGGAAGCACGGAAGCUCCUAUCAGCGGCGCUCGCGUGUUGUCGGAUCUCUUGGACUUCAAGGAGUCUACCGUGACGGCUUUGACGCGGAGCUUAGUUAUAUCGACCCAGCUUUACGUCCUCCGACUCAUGAUGCUUACCAAGAAGCCCGAGCAAAUCGAGGCUGCUACUCCUUUUCUUCGCGACUCUAAUAAAACAUCCCCUCUCAAUCUCCUCCUCGGCUCCCUCCGCGACGACCCCAAAGAUGCCCCCAAGACGGCGCGCCAAAUCGAAUCUCUCGCGAGCAUCGUGCUCUCCCUCACACCAAGCUCUUCUAGUCGCGACGACAUUGAGGCUAUGGAACAGCGUCUUAGCCCCUCUCCACCGUGUACAUUUGAGCUCCAAAUUGCGGCGUUGAAGAUCAAGAUGCAUUUUUGGAGGAUAUCGAAGCAUGUGGGAGACGUGGAUCGGGACAUUCUUACCCCGUUUUCCCGCUACUUGGCCGCCCUUGGCCGGCGUCUGAAACCUGUCUCGGCCGACGUCCAUGAGCUUUCUCAGACGGCUUUUCUCGACUUGCAGGCCAUGACCAAGGAACAGGGUCUUACCUGGUCUGAGACCUCCAAGUCGCCCGCUGCUGCCGUGUAUCAAAGCCUAGCGUCCUCCGCCUUCAACUUAAAACGACCGGCGGAAGCGCGAGACUGGGCCCAAAAGCUGUAUGGCCUCCUCGAUAUCGAAAAGGAUUCGGCGGCACGCCGCUGUUCUGUAGCGGCGCAUCUCCUGGCGGCAUCUUUGAAAUGCAAACUUGACGAGCCGAAGCUCACAGCCCUCCUGGCGGAAACUAUCGAUGGGAUGCAGGGCACGCUACGGGGCGAGAGUGCCGAGUUGGAUCAGCUUCUCGUUGACUUGGCCCUGGCUCGCAGAUCCGCCGUAGGUCUCCUCAUGAGUGCCUCGGACCCAAAGUCAAAACUCUCUCCCGCGCUCACUGAGCUGCUUCAGUCGUUCAUAAUACAGUAUCCCCGGUUUACGAUGCGGUGGCUAGGCAAGGCGCCGGCACACGAAGGUGGCGUCAACACAAAGGAAUUUCUCCGGUUUGAAUCUCGGCGACAGGCCGUGCAGGGAACACUUGGGCAGAUGCUUGAUUCUGCUCUCGUAAUUACCAAAACCCUACUCGGCUCUAGUACUGUCGACUGGACCAAACCAGACGGUGUCUUGCAGGAUUGCCUUGGGCUCCUCGAACGAAUGGGCGACUUAAAAGGCCCCCUCGGCGGCGGUAGCAGUGGCAACUCUUACUACGUCAAGAUCUCCAACCUCUACUACAUGAAGUACGCCCUGCUCCGACAAUCUGCGGACAACGCCGAUGACCUCACUCCUUUGCGCUCUCUCCGCCGCUCCCUUGACGCCAUCCGCAAUCGCAGCCCGAAGGAACAGGAAGCCGGCCAAUUCGUCACUAAGCUGGAGCGAUUUGCCGACAUAUGUACCAAGUUUAGGCGAAUCGACGAGGCCAGAGAAUCCCUCAAGUCGAUAUGCACCGCCAUGGUAGAGGAGGGCGUCCUAUCCCAGGUGGCAACCCUCCUCAACGAACAGCCUCCUUCCAUGGCGUGGCCAGCGAACGACAAGAGCACUCUCUUCUCCCGAACCCUGCGCUCCAUUGCCAAGUUGGAUAAAACGUGGAACGACUGGACCUUUUUCAUGCCAGAGGUUGAGCGCGCUGCCGUUCUCGAGCACAUUGUGCACUUCAUCACCUCGGGCGAGAACUCAAAGAUCAAGGAGCCCCUUAAACUAACCGAUGCCCCCGUCGACACGCUACUUCGUAUAUACUCGUUGGAAAAAUUCCCUGUCCGCAGACUGAGGACACUUAUUCACCUAUACUCGAUGCAUAUUGCCAACCCCGACCACUCUUCGUCACUGCGGGGCCAAAUCGACGUAGCCAUGCAAGCCGCGUCAGGCAAAUCCCUUGGUGAAGACGCAAAGCUAGUCCGUUACCUACCUCAUUUCGCAGCCUACCUUUCGUCCGUCUCCUCCUUGAUUCACUGGGCACCCAACAGCCCCGAUCUCGCUGCGGCCAUCACUUCCUGGCACAAGGUCAUCAGCAGCUCAGCUUCAAGGGCGGAGAUCUUGAACCACGUCGACGACCCCGUGCUGCUCAUGACACACUUGAGAGCGUUGGCCGACUUGGCGAGCAUGAAGGGCGAAAGCGCACUGGCUGUAUCCGUCCUGGAGCUGCUGGCGGACAUGGCGAGAAAGCUGGAGGAUUCCGCCCUGGAUGAGGUGGUUGCUAACUCGAGCUUGCUCGCGAACCAGUACGCAAGCCUGGGCUAUGUCGACAAGGCCGAGGCCAUCAUCGACGCUACCAGGGCGAUUGCCGGGCAGGUAGACAAAGUUUCCGGGUCGACCAUUGCGGAUUUCCACCUUGCCGUUGCGGACUACUGCAUUACUACCGGCAGGUUCGACAAGGCGGAAACAUGCCUUGCUGAGGCCAAAGAAGCGUUUGCAUCGCUUGCCACGAAACACGCCGCCAAAUCGCGAAUGUCCUCCCUCAUGGCUAUGGCCAACCUCCUCUACUCCAUUAUUGCUGUCAAGAUCAUGUUCCACGACUGGAACAAGUACGAGAAGAAGGACAAAACACCUGCGCCCUCGGCAGCCCAGAUAGCUAGCUUCGCCGAUAGCCUCGGACCUGGUGUCAGUAAUCUCGACAGCGUCAUGGUUGCCCGAGUGGUUCAAGGCUCCGAGUUUUGGGCACUCGCCUCGCCCUUGAUCCGCGCGCUUCUUCGACUCUCGGCUCUGUACGCGCACAUGGGCAUGUUCCAGGAUACGCUCUACUACGCCGAGCAGGCAUAUAAAGUCGCCGAGAACUCUGGAUCGGCCCUCUACGUCGCCCGCUCGGCGGUUUGGACAGGCUCCGUCUGGAUCAAGGGCGGCAGGCCAGAGAAGGGUAUCGAGUACGUGGCAAACGCCCGAGCCUUUGUCACCGAGAACCCUCACACAUCGCAAUCUGUGGCUUUGGCCUGCCAGCUGAGCGAACUAUACCGCCUCAUGGGCGACUCAGCAUCCGAGGAGGAAAUGCUGCAGCUGGCGGAAUCAAACGUAAAGCAUGCGGGCAGGGCCCCAGGCAGGCCCGCGUUGGAUGACGAUAUCGCAAAGGAUAUGGAGAAGCUGAGUCUUGCGGACAAGAAGCCCAAGGUUGCGCGAAGCACCAGGGCCAAAGCACCCGCACCGGCCAAGAAGCCGGUCACGACAGUGGCGAAGAGGGUACCGGCGGCGAGGGGCAGGAAAGAAGCCGCGCCAAAGCCGGUCCCGGUUGAGGAUGACGCACGCACGUCGCUCAUGAAGGCAUCUAUCCUUCUUUACCGCGCGCUGGGCCAUAUUCAUCAGAAGGACUGGGCCUCGGCCUCCAGCGUUCUCGAGGGUAUCAAGGGGCAACUCAAGGGGCUCGAGGACGUGUCCCGUGAACAGAUGAUCAGAGCUGCGUGCUUGGUUGGCCAGAGUCUAGACGACAUGAUCCACGAUCCAGUCUUCUCCGUAGUCCAGGAGUCGACCAUCUCAUAUCCUUCAGUGUCGCUCGUGAAGCGAGCUGACGAUAAAGCAUCCCCGGCAAAGCCUGCUCCCGUCCGCAAGGGUGCCAAGGCGCGAUCGGCGGUUAGCUUUGUGGACGCGCUGAAGGAGGCGCAAGAAUACCUCAUCAACGCAAACGCUACGGCCGUCAUCCGCGGCGACGGCGGGUCCCUCCACCGAAUCUCGUCGCUCCUGCAAAGCACCGUUAUCUUCUUGUCCGCGACCAAGUCUGACUUCAUAGGCCACCCCGGUUACGCCACUUGCGCGGUCGAGCUCGCCCGAAACAUCACGUGGAGGCGAGAGCGAAAGGCUCUCCAGGUCGUGGGCUCGGCGGCCAAGAUGGAGUGGCCGGUGGCCCUCGCGAGCACGGGAGACGGUAAUCGCUCGAGCCUCGGUGCUACUACUGAUAUCUCGAGGUUCCAGAAAGACUACAUCGAUAUCAUCCCGAGCAGCUGGACCGUGGUCUCGAUCUCGCCUAGCGACAACAGGGAGGACUUGUGCAUCACUAGACUUCAGGCGGGCCACACCCCGUUCGUCCUGCGGCUGCCCUUGGAACGAGCCAACUCACGAGAUGCGGAUAACGAAGUGUUUAGUUUCCAGCACGGCAUGGAGGAACUGCGCGAGCUCAUCCGGCUCGCGAACAAGAACUCGCACGACGCGCGGGACAUGACCAUCAAGGGCGCCAAGGCGGCGUGGUGGGAAGAGCGGGAGAUGCUCGACGAGCGCUUCAAGCUGCUUCUGGACAACAUUGAGUCUGUCUGGCUAGGCGGGUUCAAGGGCGUAUUCUCCCAGCACACGCGGAGGCCUGACCUCCUCGCGAGGUUCCAAAAGUCCUUCCAGAAUAUGCUCGAUAAGCACCUACCCUCGCGGCGUCAAGUUCGAGGAAAGCGCUCUGCCAAGACGCCCAAGAUUACCUUUGAUCCCCGAAUCCUAGAGCUGUUUGUCGGGCUGGGCGGCCCGAUAGACGACGAUCUCGACUACGAGGAGGCGCUGACGGAUCUCUUGUACUUUACGAUUGACAUUCUCCAGUUCCACGGCGAGCAAAAUGCUUACGAUGAAAUCGACUUCGACUCUAUGGUCGUCGAUACGGUUGACGCGCUCGCGGCGUAUCACCAAGGUGUCCACGCUGCGGACGACAAGGAUGGAAGCAAUGCGCACACCAUUCUCGUGCUCGACAAGUCUCUGCACGCUUUUCCCUGGGAGUCGCUGCCCUGCAUGCAGGGUACGGCAGUGUCGCGCGUACCGUCCUUGGCAUGUCUCAGGCGGUUGAUCAUCGAACAACAGCCCGGAAAACCAGUCACCAUGAACUUUAACUCGGACGGUGGUGCGGGUGACGGAAGCGCAACGCGGCCGGGCCACCACGUCUCUCCUUCUUCGGGAACGUACAUUCUCAACCCCGGCGGUGAUCUGACCAAUACGCUCGCAGCGUUCCAGAAGCCGCUCGAGGGCCUCGGGGCGUCUUGGACCGGGGUGGUGGGCAGGACGCCCACGGAGGACGAGUUUGAGCGGGCGUUGACGGAAUCGGACCUCAUGCUCUACUUUGGACACGGCAGCGGCGCGCAGUACAUCCGGGGUAAGACGAUUCGGCGCAUGGACAAGUGCAGGGCCGCGGUGCUGCUCAUGGGCUGUAGCUCGGCGAGCCUGGAAGCGGCUGGGGAGUUUGAGUGCUACGGCACCGUGUGGAACUACAUGCUCUCGGGGGCGCCGGCGGUGGUGGGCGCGCUGUGGGAUGUGACGGACCGCGAGGCUGACCGCUUCGCGGGCAAGGUGUUUGAGGAAUGGGGCCUCAUGGAGGCGGGGACGUUCAAGGAGGGCGAGGGCGACAAGAGCGGUAGGAGUAAGGGCAAGGGCAAGGGCAAGGCGAAGGAGGCGGGCGAGGGUUCGAGCGAGGAGCGCGGCGGGUUCAAGGAAGGCUGCUCGCUCGUGGAGGCCGUGGGGCGGGCGAGGGACGCUUGUCGUUUCAAGUACCUGACCUCGGCGGCGAUGUGUGUGUACGGCAUUCCCGUCUACAUCAACCGGGACGGACGGGGAGCUUAG